AUGGAAACAGCUUUAACCUCGUUCUCGAAGCUCGAACAACGAUUGAGAUUCGAGAGCAUUAAUCCUAAAUUCGAUUGGUUCGCGCAGAAAACGGAGAAGGCGGAGAAGGUCGAGGCGAAGAAGACAAAAGUUGCGAAAACGGCCAAGGAGAAGAGCUACGAGCUUCCAGAGAUUCCAGAUUACGAGCGGCCCGUGCUGGAGAAGCCGCAGGAGUUCGACUUUGGGGAGCACGUGGCUCGAGACAAGACUAAGCUGGAAAGACCAGCGACGCAGAAAUUCGAAUCCAAGGUGAGCAAUCGAUCAGUUAUUAUUAAUACGGGAAUAAGAAAACGAAAUUUGCCAAAUUGCUGCCCGCUUCGCUUUUGCAUCAGAUACAGAGGAAGAUUUUGCAACGUCCCCGGUUAAAUACUAUCGCGUCUUCUUCCCUCGAAUU